UCAUCAUGGACCAAAAUGGUAAGGAGGGAAAUGAUCAGCGCCGACGUUAGCACUUUUCCAUAACGUUACCCUUGUAUACGCGCAGUAUGUACCAUGACAUGCAGGGCACAGAGGGUUCCGGAAGUCUAGGGGGGCUGGAUGUGCGGCGGAGGAUCCCCAUCAAGCUGCUGUCCAAGCAGCAGGCAGUGAGGAACAAGCCCCUGACCCGCUCCCAGAGGCCCACGGGACGACAGCCCCCUGCCUCCUCACAAACUGAAGAAGAUGGCCACAUCUUCAUUAAGAAGGAGGAGCGUUUUGACUGUGGUGCUAAAGCUGGGGAUGUGUUUGGUAGCCAGCGUCGCUACCCUCAGCCUAUGUUCUGGGACUAUAAGCUGAACCUGUUGGGAGUGAAGGACGAGGUCCCAGUGCACUGCUGUGACAAGUGUUGCAUGCCAAUCAAGACGUACGGACGCAUGAUCCCAUGUAAGCAUGUGUUCUGCUAUGACUGUGCUCUGCUCCACGAGAAGAAAGGAGACAAGAUCUGUCCAGGCGUCAAGAUGUACAGCUGUACAGAUCAGGUGCAGCGCAUCGAGCAGUGCCACCGCGGCUCGCUGUACAUGUGCAGCAUCGUGCAGGGCUGCAAGCGCACCUACCUCUCCCAGCGAGACCUGCAGGCGCACGUCAACCAUCGACACCUGCGUGCCAGCAAGAUGUCCGGCGGGGGAGGAGGUGAGAGAGGAGGCGGUGGGGAGAGAGGAGGUGGUCGUGGAGGAGGAGGAGGAGGUGGUGGUGGUGGGAGUGAGUCCAUGCACCACCCGCCCCCACCAUCGGACGUGCCGGACCGUUUCCGCCUGCCCCCACCCAUGAUGCCCAAGCCCCCCCAGCACGUCAUGAUGCCGCCCAACAUGGGGGGCCACGUCGUCGGGGGUCACGGAGGUCACGACCCCUACGGUCCAGGUGUGGUUGGGGGGCCGCCGCUGACCGGGCCUCACGAUGACCACCGCGGUGUUGGGGGAGGGGGAGUGGGAGGGCCAGGUCAGCCCCCUCCGCAAGGCUCACCGGCGGACAUGGCACGUGGAGGCGGCGGAGGCAUGGCUCAGGAGACGUUCCGCAUCGCCACGCUCACCACACGCAAACACAGCAACCUCAUCACGGUGCCUAUACAGGACGACUCCACCGGGCCGGGCCUGGGUCCUGGUCCAGUACCGGGUUCUGGACCUCCACCACAGCAGGGCCCCCCCGGGCCUAACCAGCCAGGCCCGGGUAUGCACCACCCAGGGGACUACAGCAACCAGCCUGUAGUGGGCCAUCCGCACCACAUGAUGGCGCCACCUCCACAGUCCCACUACGGCCCGCCGCCCAUCAACAUGCCUAUGCAGCACCCGCCGCCUCAGGGCAACACCAAUCCGCACAUGGGUGUGUACAACCAGGCGCCACCCCCGCCGCUCUCCAACCAGCCCCCGCCCAUCACACCUCCUCCUGGGCACAUGAUGGGCCAGAUGCCCCCUUAUAUGGGUCACCCACCACCCGGACCUCCACCACCCCAGCAUGGAGGACCCCCGGUCUCUGGCCCACCCCCGCACCACUACAACCCACAGUUCUCCGAAGACCAGGGGACCCUCAGCCCGCCGUUUGCCCAGCAAGGGGGGGUUAGCCCGGGCAUGUGGCCCCCAGCCAGGGGGCCCCCACCUCCGAGGAUGCAAGGACCUCCUCCACAGGGCCAGCUGCCGGGGCCACACCACCCAGACCAGUCACGCUACCGGCCGUACUACCAGUAAAACCAGUAGAGAGUCAGUCAGACAGUUCCUCACUGGUGUACCGUUCAUCUCUCUGUAGUAUGGUAGUAUGGGUCACUGCCAUAUACUGUUUUGUUGAGGUUUGAGAUGUAGACACACACACACACGUGCGCACACACACACCAUACUCAGACUCCAGUCAUAUCUGCAUUUUGUUUAUAAAGGUUUAUAUUUUCCUGAAUUUGGAUAAUUGUGUAUAAAAAGGAACCAACUCUUAGUGAUCUUUUUGUUUUGUACAAAAGCAUCCUCUGUGACUAGUAUUUGCUGACCUGUAUGAACAGGUGAUAAUGAUAACGAUGCUGAUGUCUUUCCUGAAUGUCAUUACAAAUGCAAGAGAGCCAUGUCUCGUCUUCUGAGCUUUUCACAAGACAACGGUCUUGUUGUUUUGUUCUGUACUUUGGCAGUAUUGUUCAUUUAUAAUAAAAUCUUCACGUCACUUGUUAAGAUUGUGUUGAGGAGACAUUUUUAAGUGAUUUUUCUAAACAAGUAAUAAAAAACAAUGGCUGCUAAAAA